GAGCAAAUAGUAAUAUAAUAACAAUUUAUUUUAUGUUUUAUUAAUAAAUUACACAAUGGAACAACUAAAUAACGCUUUAAAAGCCAUAAAAGUGCUCCGUUCGAGUGUCGGACAUGUUUUUGAGACUUUGUCAGAAGGUUUAAGAACUGAACAUGGACAAGAUACUAAAGACACAAAGUUUUUGAUUGAAUUACAAGAAUUGCUGAGUGCUGUUAAUGUUAACUUGAGAGAGGUAGAGACUUCAGUGAAUAGUUUAAAUGCGCCCCCCGGGCCAUUCAAUUUAGCAAACACUACUUAUUUAAGUCAAGAGACUACACAGGAGAGACAGGCUUUGUACUCGCAGCUUGUUAAUAGUUAUAAGUGGACCGAUAAGAUUCAUGAGUACAGUGCCCUAGCACAGUCUUUAUUAAGUCAAAAUGCUUUGAAAAGGUCAUAUAUUAAUUCAAGCAGUGCGAAAAGACGGAGGACACAAACUAGUCUUCACAAUGUGCCACCGCAAAACGUGGAUACUUUAAUAACAAGUAUAUCAAGAGGCUUCAAUGAUAUGACAAUAACAGUAUCAAGACCAUUUGCAACAAAUGCAGUCCUACAUAUCCAAUUAGGCCACGUCCUUCGAGGUGUAAUAGCCUUUAAGAGUCUUAUGAUAGAAUGGGUGGUCGUGAAAGGCCAUGGAGAGACUUUGGAUUUGUGGACUGAAUCGAGACAUAAAGUCUUCAGAAAAGUUACUGAAAAUGCACACGCUGCUAUGUUGCAUUUUUAUUCACCCACUUUACCUGAUUUGGCUGUUAAAUCGUUCAUGACCUGGUUCCACAGUUUUAUAACCCUAUUCAGUGCCCCUUGUAAAAGGUGCGGAUUGCACCUGCACAGUGCCCUUCCUCCUACUUGGAGGGAUUUUAGGACUUUAGAACCCUUUCAUGAGGAAUGUAGGAUGUGAUUGUGAAAACAGAAUUUUGUAUGAGAUUAUUUUGAAUAAAGUUAUAUUGAGAGAAGAA